AAAAGUUUACAAAGAAGAGACACAAAUAUGCGCAAGGCUAUUCCACUGGAAAAAAGAGUGGCGAUCGCAUUGUAUGCCCUAGGAUCUUCUGCAGAAUACCGAAGCAUUGCGAAUUUAUUCGGUGUCGGUAAAUCCACUGUUGGCUCCGAAAAGAUAAAUGAGUAUGUAAAAGGUUUCGAAAUUCUUGGCUUUCCACAAUGCCUGGGCGCGAUUGAUGGUUGCCAUAUUGAAAUACACCCUUCUACUGAAGAUGCGAUCGAUUAUCAUAACUAUAAAGGGUGGUACUCAACCGUAUUAUUAGCAUUGGUAGACGCCAGGUGUCGUUUCAUUUACAUAAAUGUUGGAGCUCCAGGUCGUUGCAACGACUCCCAAAUUUAUGAAAAAUCAACCCUCAAGCAACAACUGCAGGAAUGCCGCCUACUCAAUGAUAUGACAAAAAAAAAUCUCGAACGUCAACAUUCCUAUUGUUAUUAUAGGUGACUCUGCUUUUAGGUUUUCGGAUUCCCUUAUGAAACCAUACCCAUUUCACCUUUCACAAACCUCCGAACAAAAACAUUUCAAUUAUGUUUUAUCGAAAUCACGGAGGGUGG